GAACACAUUAGAUGGCUCCAUGUUACAGAUGUUUCAUACUGUGCAUCCCUAAAACCUUUAAGUGACACACAUGUUUAUUUUACUAAAUGGUCGUUGUGUUUUGCUCUUACGUUAAAGUAAAUUUGAUCACAAGGCAGUCAGAGAUGGCAGACUAAACCCCAUUCACGCAACAAGCCUCUGGAGCCUGUUGGAUAUGUUGGCAAGUGCUGAAGCACAGACAGACAGACAGACAGACAGACCCACCAAAAACAAUACUUCACUCCCACUCCGUGGAGUGAAGUGAUUCAUCUGUGGCCUGUACAAUGACAUUCUGUUGUGAACCAGUGAACAUGAAGAUGAUGCACUUUAGAGUUGAAGUCGCUGGUCUGAUGUUGGAUUAUAAUCUGCUCCUGUAUUGUCGACAUAAAAAAAAACCUUGUACUUCACCUUUUCUUCUACAAUGCCACCCAAAUCUUCACCGGUGUUCUUUAUUUAUCCACAAAAUUGGUGUAAAAAUUUUGAGAUUAAGGAAUAUAUGAUUACAAUAAUAAUUUCACUCGUUUCAUUUACACUUUUAAAUAAAAAUGUAUGUGGAACAGAAUUGUACAUGGUGAAUAUAACAGUAUAUUAAUGUGUGCUAAUGCACUGAUUCAGCCGGCUCACUCAGGCAGCAUCUCGGACACCUCAGCCCGUUGGGUCCGGUCCGGUCCGGUCCGGUGGAUGUAUCCGCCUGUGGUCGGGGCACGGAGCUGAGCCGCCGUUAGCCGGAUUUUAGCACGUAAAAAGACAACGAGCAGCGGCAGCAGCAGGAUGAGCUCGGACGGUGGCGGGCGUCCCGUCAAAGUGGGCUCCUUGGUGGAGGUGAUCGGGAAGGGUCAGCGCGGGACGGUGGCGUACAUCGGAAACACACUGUUCGCAUCGGGGAAAUGGGUCGGAGUGAUUCUGGACGAGGCCAAAGGCAAGAACGACGGCACGGUGCAGGGCAAGCGCUACUUCACCUGUGACGACAGUCAUGGCAUUUUUGUGAGACAGUCACAGAUCCAGCUGGUCGACGAUGGAGCAGAAACGACGUCCCCGGAAACGCCGGAGCCUGGCACCGGCAAACUUCCCAAACGAGAGAUCCUGGAAACGCCCAAGUCCACCAAACUGCGGGGAGUGAAAGCCAAAAAGGUGCAGCAUGUUUCUCUGACCUCGGUACAGUGGUGAUGUUAUGACAAUGAC